UUUAUCACCAUCUUUACAGAUAAAUCCAGAGCUUCAACGGACAAAACAUCAAGUGAUGGAACUAUGAUUGAUCCUGCAACUUCAAGUGGCACUGAGUGUUCAGUAAAUGAUUUUCCUGCAGAUAUGGGAACCCAUGCGCAGCGUGCCAUUGAUAUACAGUUACAGGAACUGAGUCAAGCGCUUAUCUCAGACAAAAGUGUGUCUGCGUCUCACAAUUGGACUUUAAGACAAGUAUUAUCUGAAAGCCAUUGGUUACAAGCAAGACAAACCCUCUUGGACUACUCCCUAACAUCAGAGAUGGUAGAGUGCUUAAAUUGUGAUCACUGCAGAGCCAAAGCAGCAGUAAUAAGGUGCAAGGACUGUUUGCCAAAACCACAUUACUGCAGCAGCUGUGAUGUGUCAGCUCACCAACACUAUACUCUGCAUAACAGAGAGUGUUUUUUAGAAAACUUUUUUAACCCUAUUCCUCCGUCAGCCGUUGUGAUAGAAAUCAAUGGGAAGCAAACAUUAUGUGAGCAAGCAUGUUUGUUACCCAUACAAGAGCCACGAAGUAUUUGUGAUUGUGAGGACCAAAACUUGUCUGUUAGCACUGGUCGAUUAAUACAGCUCAUCAACAUAAAUGGUCGCUAUGAUCUCUCUUUGCCUAUGUGGUGCUGCAACACUUGCCACAAAUCAUGGACACCUGGGCUGCUGGACCUUGCCCGAAGUGGUUACUGGCCAGGCUCUGUAACAUUUCAAACAAUAUAUCAGGUUGAUCUGUUCACUUCUUUUGAGCUGUUUAAAGUCGCUGCACCAGGCCUAUCACGACAAGCAUUUAUAAAGAUGCUAGAGCAAAGGUCACAGAACUUUGGACGGAAUGACACUAUAUGUGGCAAAACAUUCCAGAAGGCAUUUUUGGAGUGGACAUAUUGUCGUCAUGAGAAAGAAAAGCUCAGUGCAAUUGAUCACUUCUCGUGUCCUGCAUGUAUCCCAAAUGCUGUUGCAGUGUCUGCAGAUGGAAACCGCAAACUAUAUCGGUUUAACAAAGCCAGAGAAGUCGAAGAACAGCCUUUUUUUAAUGGUGUUUUCAUUGCCAAGGAUGAGGAUGUGACCAAUUUUGUCAAUUUUGUUCAACAAAAGACCAGCUCAGUACAAGGAAAAGGCACAUGUGGAAAAUCCACUUGGGCUGCUGCCAGAGAGACUUCAAGGAAGUCUAGUGGUAAAUUGGAUGAGGAGGGGUUGGAAGUGGCAGUGUGCAGACACAACAUUUUGUUUAAAGCCCUGAAUAUGAGCAGGGGUGAGAUUUUUGCAUACCCUAUGUAUUUGCAAAAGGAAAUCGCCUCAAAAACAAACUGCAGAUUCUUCUGCACAGACAUCAUGUGCCAAUACUGGCCCUACUUACAAAAGGUUGCACAAGUAGUUCCAAGUCUGCAGAAGUUAACAGAGAUGAAGCCAUUCCUUUCUAUCAUGCAUGCAAAAGGACACUCUACAAGUUGUGAGGUCCAGUGGAGUGGCAGAAAUCAAUCAGGAGCAGGCACUACAAUAGGAGAGGAAGUUGAGCAAGUUAACAGUUUUUUAUCACAUGUUGCUCUUACAACAAAAUAUAUGAGCAAGGCUGCACGAGUGGACAUGAUCACACUUCAUGCAAAAGGAUGGAAUCAGCUGAAAAAGAAAAGCCUCCACGUGUACUUGUCUCAGCGAUACUUAAAGGUAUAUGAAUUCAAAAUGCUGUUGUAG